AGCCCUAAGCCAUCAACCAACAUGGUUUUAAAGAUUUUGACAACUUUACGAAAUAACCCCAAAAAGUCAAUAUUCUUUGCAGCAGUUGCAGCAUAUGGUGUUAAAUAUCUAAAAGGAAAGUACGAUGAUAACCAGACGCGAACAGCUUACUGCUUGGAAGCAAAGCAAUAUGGUGAGCAGUUGAAUGGUCCUGCAGGGAGACCCAGGAAGGUGACAGUCUUUCUCAACCCAGUGGCAAAUGACAGGGAUGGCAAGAGUGCAUUUGAGAAAGAUGCUGUGCCUCUGCUGCAUUUGGCUGGCCUUGAGGUCAAUAUUAUCAGGACAGAGUCUGUAGGUCAGGCCAAGAAGUACAUGGGAGUCAUAGAGACGGAGGACACAGAUGCUAUCAUUGUAGCUGGAGGUGAUGGAACUGUCUCUGAAAUAGUUACUGGGCUGUUACGUCGAGAAAAUCAGGACAUUGUAAAGAAAGUGCCAAUAGGGAUCAUACCAAUAGGAAAAAGCAACAGUCUGGCUAAGUUGAUUUUUACAGACAAUCAGGACAAAGUCAAGUGGUUAUGUGAGACAGCUCUUGCAAUAAUAAAAGGUGUCACCAAACCUGUAGAUGUUCUGCGUAUUGAGGGGGAGGGUGACCGAAUGGUGUAUGCUGUUGCUGGUAUGGAAUGGAGUCCUUAUAGACAUGCUGAAGUAAGAGCCAAAAAGUACUGGUACUUUGGACCUUUGAAACACCGCUGGUCACACAUAAUGCAGACAUUUCAUGACUGGUCCACAUUGAAUGCCAAACUAGAGUACCAAUAUCCCUGCGAUGGCUGUUCCACGUGCUUUACGCCACCCCCUAAAGUUGUCUGGAAAUGGUGGCACAUGUUUGUACCCCCUGCACAACCAAAAGCACCAGCUAAAGACUACUCAAGUAUUGUAAAUGAAAAAUGUGGGGUGAAACAUCAGCAAGAAGUGAAAACUGUCGAUUUUGGUGUGUUGUCCAGUAACUAUAGAAACCAAGAAUCUGAGGAGGAUAGAUGUAUAACUGUUAGUAUUGGACCCAGUGAUCUCUCAAGGACAGAGUUUGUAAAAUAUGGAUGGGACAGGAUUGGUAAAGAGAGAUGUGAUCAAAUAAGGACGAGUAAAGAUAAGCUUAAAGUUGGCCAAUUUCAGUUGAUUCCCGCAGAUGCACACACCAAUACUACAACAGAUGCCAAAGAUCCUGAUGUAAAUGACAAAGAUGGAGAUGAAAAAGAGAACGCUGUUGAUGAUUACAAGCCAGUGUUUCACAUAGACAAUGAGGAAUUUGAAGUGAUGCCCAUCACAGUGACUUUAUUAAAAGACAAAGUUAAUGUUUUCUGUCCUGAAUCUAAAAACAAAGUUGCAACUUGA